AUGCCCGGGCAUCUGCAAGAAGGCUUCGGCUGCGUCGUCACCAACCGUUUCGACCAGCUCUUCGAUGACGAAUCCGACCCGUUCGAGGUGCUGAAGGCGGCCGAGAACAAGAAGAAGGAGGCGGGGGGAGCUCAGGCCAAGACCGCCGCCCAGGCCGCCAAACAGCCCAAGAAGGAGUCCCAGAAGGACCGCAGGAACCCCCUGCCAGAGAAGAAGGAGGAGGCCGCGCCGCCUGUGGCCCUCAAGAAGGAAGGAAUCAGGAGGGUCGGUAGGAGACCCGACCAGCAACAACAACCACCACAGCAGCAAACUUCACAGGCCCCUCAGGGCGAAGGGAAGCCCAUCGACAGAAGGCAAACAGACAGGCGGCCUCCUCGCGAACGUCGUUUCGAGAAACCAGCCGAAGAGAAGGGUGACGGAGGGGAAUUUUCUGUGGACAGGCCUAUUGGCGAAAGGCCAGCACGUGGUCGUGGUGGCCCCGGUGGAAGGGGACGCGGCGGCCGUGGACGUGGCAUAGGCAGAGGUGAUGGCUUUGACUCCCGUGGCAAACGUGAAUUUGACAGGCAUAGUGGAAGCGACCGAGCUUCUUCUUUCAGUGGCCCGAAGCAUGAGGACAAGAGGGGAGGCAGCGGAUCUCACAACUGGGGCACUGUUAAGGAUGAACUGAGCGAACUGGACCAGUCAACUGUCACUGAGGAAACAACUGAAACAGAAGAUCAGCCCGUGGUAGACUCCGAGAACAAGGAAAAUGAGGUGGAAGAAGUUAAGGAAGAAGGACCCAAGGAAAUGACCUUGGAUGAAUGGAAGGCAAUGCAAGACAAAGCACGCUCCAAAGUUGAAUUCAACAUCCGAAAACCAAACGAAGGUGCUGACGGCCAAUGGAAGAAAGGUUUCGUUCUUCACAAGUCCAAGAGUGAGGAGGUUCACGCGGAGUCUGAAGGUUUGGAUCACCAUUUCCGCAAACCUGCAAAUGAUAUCACUUCCCAACUUGAGAUCAAUUUCGGAGAUCUUGGCCGUCCCGGCCGUGGACGCGGAGGUGGAAGAGGUGGCCGCGGACGUGGUGGUGGUGGAGGUGGUGGUGGUGGU